AUGGCUUCAGUAGAGGAGACCCUGAAGGGGAAGAAUCAUCUCAACCACCGGGAGCAAAUCUCUGAGUGGGACUCUCUUCCAGGGCUGAAUCUGGACAAGAGGAUGCAUUUUCCACGAGGGACCCUCCCGAAACCCACCAUCCGUGCUGAGCCAGGCUCUGUGGUCCCCUCCGGGAGCUCCGGGACCCUCUGGUGUCGAGGGACCACAAAGGCCCAAGAGUACUGUCUGUAUACAGAUGACAUGUCUACGUGCUCGGACAGACAGAAACCACUGGAGCCUGGGGACAGAGCCAAGUUCUUCUUAAAGAGAAGUUAUGGAGGGAAAUAUUCCUGUGCCUACCGCAGCCCCUCUGGCUGGUCAGAGCGCAGUGACCCCCUGGAGCUGGUGGUGACAGGAAUCAACCCAAAACCCAGCCUCUCAGCCCUUCCCAGCCCUGUCGUGACCUCAGGAGGGAACGUGACCCUCCAGUGUGGCUCAGGGCAGGGAUUUGACAGGUUCAUUCUGACUAAGGAAGGAGAACACAGGCUCUCCUGGACCCUGGACUCAGAGAAACAAUCCAGUGGGCUGUCCCAGGCCCUGUUCACUGUGGGCCCCGUGAACUCCAGCCUCAACUGGACAUUCAGAUGCUAUGGCUCUUUUAAGAAACCCCAGCAGUGGUCUGACCCUAGUGACCCCCUCGAUCUACAGUUCUCAGGUGAGAAGCACCAGUAUGUUCUGAUCGGGGUCCUGGUGGCCUUCUUCCUGCUGCUCUUCUUCUUCUCCCUCUUUUUUGGAUGCAGGUAUCAGGGCAGAGGCAGAAUGUCAGAUGCUGCCCUGAAGGACCCACAGCCUGGGGAGACGGUGGAGCUGGACUCUCAGGCAGCAGAGUGGACGGGGGACAGAGGGAAGAGAAUGAGCUCAGACGUCCAGAAGCAAAUCUCUCACACGGUCUCUCUUUCACCGCUGAGUCUGGACCAGAGGAUCCACACGCGGUCAGGGACCCUCCCCAAAGCCACCCUCUGGGCUGAGCCAGGCUCUGUGAUCCCCUUGGGGAGUCCUGUGACCCUGUGGUGUCAGGGGAUCCUGGAAGCCCAGGAGUUCCGUGUGGUUCGUAAUCAAGGGCGUGUGCAUUCAGAGAGACAGAUUCCAAGUAAGCCCAGGGACAAGGUCCAGGUCUCCAUCACCCACAUGACAGAGCAUGAUGCAGGGAGAUAUCGCUGUUACUAUGUCAGCCCCACUGGAUGGUCAGAGUUCAGUGACCCCCUGGAGCUGGUGGUGACAGGAUCCUACAGCAAACCCAUCCUCUCAGCCCUGCCCAGCCCUGUCGUGACCUCAAGAGGGAACGUGACCCUCCAGUGUGGCUCAGGGCAGAAAUUUGACAGGUUCAUUCUGACUAAGGAAGGAGAACACAGGCUCUCCUGGACCCUGGACUCAGAGAAAAUAUCCAGUGGGCUGUCCCAGGCCCUGUUCAAGGUGGGCCCCCUGAACUCCAGCCUCAACUGGACAUUCAGAUGUUAUGGCUCUUUUAAGAAAACUCCCUUGCAGUGGUCCGACCCAAGUGACCCCCUGGAUUUACAGUUCUCAGGUGAGGAGUUCAUGACCACUUUGUGUCUGAAACCCCCUGUGGGCACCAGACCCCCACCCACAGAUUCCAUCUCUAUAGCUGGGAUCUCUGUGGCCCUGGUCCUGCUCACACUGCUCCUCCUCCUUUUCCUGUUCCUCCUCUACCGGCAUCAGAGCAAACACAGGACCUCAGAUGCUGCCAUUAAGGACCCACAGCCUGGGGAGAACGUGGAACUGGACUCCCAGAGCAGGCAUGAUGAAGACCCUCAUGGAGCGACAUACGCCCAGGUGAAACCCUCAAGAUCACGACCCCGGCAGAAAAUAGGAGGCUUUUCUUUCUCCCAGUCAAAGGAGUUUCUGGUCACAAAGGUCAAAAAAGCAGAAAAUGACAGACAGGCUGUUGCAUCAGAUGCCCCCCAGGAUGUGACCUACGCCCAGCUGAACCUCUUGGCCCUCAGACAGGAGGCAAAUGCACCCCCUUUCUGCCCGUCAGAGAAACCCCCUGAUGAGCCCAGUGUGUACGCCGCUCUGGCCACCCUCUAG